AUGGCGGCUGCAACUAAUUUCAAAGUAUUUUAUACUAAGCACAAGAAUAGAAAACAUAAAGUUUGGCAGGUAAUGAUUAUAAAAGUAUUAAUGAGCUUCACCUCGUUUUCAAAGGAUGGAUUUUUAAAGCUCGCACAUGGCCUAAACAUGCACAAGAUUUAUUUAUUUGAUUUUGAAGAGCGAGAGAUCGACUGUACCUAUAUCUCAAAGAAAGUUAUUAUAACAGAAGGGACUGAACUAGAGAGUCAGCAAUAUUUGAUUAUCAUUGAGGAAACUAUGAACUUAAAAGCACCCAAAUCACCACCAGGCAGAGUACAAGCAUCACUGAAUGAUAGUUCAUGGACUAGGGGGAGCAAUGUCUGUGACAGUCAUGAGUUAUAUCCAGAGGGCAAUGAGUCCGUCAAUAAAAAAAGGUCAAUUAGGGACAUAAUGGAAUUAAUAAUUACUAAUGAUAGUAAUAAUAAGAGGACCAAACCAACAAAUGGGAUUAGUAAAGGUGAAGAUGUCCUUGAGUCACAGCAAGGAAAACUAGUAAUAGAUAAUUCUAAAGUGUACAAGGAACAUAUUCUUGAGCCUCCUAAAUGUAAUUUUUGGAUUCCUAAUACUUCUCCAGGCAAGAAAAUGGUCAAAGGUCAGUCUCGUUGGUCCUCAUUUUUACACCCUCCCUCUCCUCCUCCUUUUAAGCCGUGGUCACUAUUGACAGAAAAGGCUCCAGAAUCCUUUCAUAAAAGCUUAACCACCACCACCCACGUAUGCGUACAGCCCUCUCUCAAUCAGCAACUCUCUCCUCAUUCUCUCUCCUCUCCUUCUUCUCCUAUCCUUCCUCUCUCUUCUUCUCAUUCGGGUAUCUCAAGCAUCACUAAUACAAGUGAGAGAAGCUUAUUCAUUCCUUCAGAUGAAGAGCCUCCAAUUGUUGACCAAAGCAAACCUAAAGCAAGGGAUUCGUUAAUUAGAUUUCUUAAGCCUCGUAUUGCUAUUGCUGAAGAACACGUGCUUAUUUCACCAUCUCGCUCUCUUUUCCUACACCCCCCAACUAUUACACACUCAUCUUCUGGUUCCUCUUCCAAACCUCAAUCCCCCUCACUUUAUUAUGCAACCAAACCAGCUACUACUCCUGCCACCAUUAGUCUGCUUACUUCAUCCACGGCAUCCCCUCUAAAAUCACCUGUUGUACUCUCUUCAAGAGGGGAAAUAGGAUAUUGCACUGAUGCUGUUUCUGAUUAUGAUGUAUUUGAUACCGCUGGUGCUAUUCCUACUGUUUGUCAGGAAGUUCCUUGUCCUCUCUCCAGAAUGAAAGACGUUAGAUCAAGGGAUUGCUUUGAACAACCAUCUCUCGGCAGAGAAACAAUAACAAUAACAGUUGAUGAUGAGGUUCAUCCUGAUCGCAUCCUUGGAAAAAUAAAUACAGCACAAACUUUCAGUUCGGAGAAUGCUUCUGAAGAUUACCGUAACAUAACUUCAACUGCUUUGGCGCCGAUUUAUCAUCAAACAAAAACAAUGCCUUUUAAGGAUGAUAACCAUCAGGGCACUACUAAGUCCUCUACUUCCUGCUCAUUGAAGCCUUUAUGUUAUGAUAAUUCAAAACCAAGCCCUUAUCCAUGGCAACCUGGAGGAGUUGAAGCCUCGUUUGGUUCAUUUCCUAUGCAACCCGGUGAUGCUCUCAGUCGUAUUGCAUAUAACAAGAAAGGCAUGUCACAUUCUCAACACCUAGCUCCUUAUAAACUGUUGCCUUGUCAACGUGGCUCCUUGAUGGAGUGUUUCUCAAAAAAGGUGACAGGCCAGGCUGAGAUAAUAAACCCAGUAAGAGGUAGUGAGUAUCAAGUAAAUUCUGCACCUGUGCCACACGCUAAUUCCACUGAUCCUACUAUUAACAGAAUCUCUAAUGAUAGCUUUGCUAUAGAGGAUAUAACUAUUAAUUGUCACUCUGUCUCUACUUUAUCUUCUCCUUCUCUUCCUCCUCUUUUCUCUCCUGCUGAUUCUAUUCGAGCUGGACUCAAUGGGACUACUCAGCACUCAAUCCAAAAUGAAGUAAAAUCAAUGGCACAGAAUAACGACUCUCAUUCAAUUGCUCCUUCAUCAACUGGCAGCAUUAAAGGGAGUGAUAAAAGGUACAAAUUUAUACUCAGCGAUCCAAAGAUAGACGACAUAUCAUUAAUAAAAAAGAACCCAGGACAUUUUAAAUUAGGACUGUGGGAUAUAUAAGACAAUUUGUGUAUAUAUAUGUGUGUGUGUGUGUAUGACCUAUACAAUGAUAUGCUCAUUUUAAUACCUUUAUGACCGUUGUAUAAAAAGAUUGUCAAAAACAA